AAAGCUUAGAGUAUAUUGUCUUCUCUUGCUUAUGAAGCCUCCACCCACCGGCCCACCCUACAUUUAGUGGAUCAUGUGACCGUGGUAAGUCAUUUGCAAGUACAACAGUUCUCUGUGAGCUUCCAUUCAUUUCCUGAGAACUGCCCUGAGCAGCUGAGGGAAGCGGAGAGGGGAGGGAGUCACACGAAGAGAGAGCGAGAAAGAGGACUGUAUAAGGAAGACAGUUUCUGUCGCUCUGCAGCUCCUGAUCAGACGCCAUCAAAAACAGGAUGUUAAUGCUAGACGGAAUGCCUGCAGUCCGAGUCAAAGUAGAACCUCUGGAAUCUGAAAGAGGGUCACCUAAAGUGCACAGUUACCCUGAUAUGGAGGCCAUGCCCCUCCUUCUCAGCAAAGUGAAAGCGGAGCCUCCAGAAGAUCUUCUAUCUUCUGAGCAGUUCCAGACACAGACAGAGCCAGUGGACCUGUCCAUCAAGACACGGACAUCAUCUCCUUCGUCUAACACCUCAGCCUUCUCUCCAUCCUCUUCUUCGUCAUCGUCAUCCUCACCUUCUGUCAUCACCUCUGUCUCUUCUGGAAUGCCCUCUGUGUUGACACCUGGGCCCUUGGUGGGCUCUUCACAAGGAGUUAGAGGCCAGCAGUUUUUGCACAUCAUCCACCCCGUCCCCCCUUCAAGCCCCAGUAAACUGGCCAGCCAGGUGCACCGCAUCCCUGUGGUGGUGCAGUCGUUGCCCCUCAUGUACACCACGGCUGUACGCUCCCCUUCCACCCUCAACUCCACUAUCAUGUUACCUCUCCUGGACAAAGCCAAGUGCCAGGGCAAAGCACAAACAGACCCCAAUGGCCUGUCGCCAAGUCAAAUCAAAAGUGACAGUGAUGAUGACGACCUGCCAAACGUGACCUUGGACAGUGUUAAUGAAACAGGAUCCACAGCAUUGUCUAUAGCCCGAGCAGUGCAGGAUUCCAUGUCACCAUUCAGUAUUGAGAGCAUUCGACGGCCACAGCCACCUGAAUCUCCAGACUCCAAGAAGAGACGUAUCCAUAGGUGUGACUUUGCGGGCUGUAAUAAAGUUUAUACCAAGAGCUCCCACUUAAAGGCACACCGGAGGACACACACAGGUGAGAAGCCAUACAAGUGCACCUGGGAUGGCUGCACAUGGAAGUUUGCCCGCUCAGACGAGUUGACACGGCAUUACCGUAAACACACAGGGGUCAAACCCUUUAAGUGUGGGGACUGUGACCGAAGCUUCUCCCGUUCAGACCAUCUGGCCCUGCACCGCCGUAGACACAUGCUGGUCUGAACUGGGUCAUCUAACUUAUUCACAUAUCCUCGCACACACGCACACACGCACACACACACACACACACACACACACACACAUAAGGGGGGAGCUGGGACUCCCCAAAUAGUAUUCAGCUGGGCUGGACACAGACACGGCCAUCCCUGUCCCUGAGAAAGAGAGAGAGGAUAAAAGAGAUUAUGAUGAUUUCCACACAUCUGAAGAGCUUAACAGGGUCCAUUCAGGUGGGGAUGGAGGAGGCUAUUCUACAGGCUACCUGUCAUUCUGAAGAAAAAAUUCUUCACUUGGAUAAAUAGUUUGUUUUCUGGUUUUCCGGUUUUCCUUUCUGAAUCUUCCUUGUGUUCUAUUCAAAUAUGGCUGCUUUUCAGUCGACAUCUACAAUGUGAAGAAAUGCAGAAAGGAAUGGCUGUACAUGUUGUUAUUCUGGUCCAAACCUUAUCUGGGCUGCACCUCGGGCAGAUGUUGACCAGGUUCACAUGGUGAUGAAGGCAAAAGUGGGACUGACCAUUAAUAGUGUUGUUGCACAUUUUUUAGCAUUUACCUUUGUGGAACAUCAAGAGCCAGGCACAUCUGAGACGGAUCAAGGGGUUGUUCUUUUGAUGACCGAUCGGAAACUUUGGACCAGUGAUUUCAAGGUGAGAGGAACUGAGGUUGUCAUUUACUACAGGUCAAUACACAAGCGAAUGAGAUUACACAAAGCAACAUAUCAAAAAUUGUAUUUAUGGUCAUUGUAUCUUCUGUUUCCCCAAAUGCAGAUUUUCAACUUAAAUAGAGACUUAAUGAAUUUGAUCCCUAUAUAAAACAGAUGGACUGAAAGGCAGUGGAGACCAGCAUGAAUUUUAAUCUUUGUCCAGUCAUGUUUAUGCUUGUUUAGUGCUGGUCUAGCUGUUGGACCAGCAUAGCCAUACUGUUCUCCAGCACUUAGUUAAGCUGGUUGACCAGAAUGUCUCGCUGGUUUAGUGAACUAAGAAGCCUGGUGGAGACAAAAAUGCAACAUACCCUGGUGGUCAGCUAAGGUUUUUUUUUCCCCAGCAAAAAAUAAUGUCACCAUAUUAACUGACUAAUUAGGGGGCGCGGAAGACUGACCCGUCCUCAAAUCGCGUUCACUUUCACACAUUCAACAGAAAUAGUGAAUAUACACCUAAGAACCGAUGUGCGCAAUUUCUUUUCUCCUGUCUUGCUAAACUUUCGCCUGGCACUGCAGCGCAUCCUUUGACAGCCCAAAGCGUUGAUGUCAGGUGCGCUCAUGUAAACAAGGUCAUUCUUGCGUGCGCGCCAGUUUCAAAUGAGUGACGAGGUGAAUUAACACUUACAUUUCGGUCUGUUCCUCACACAACACUAUCAUAUGGCUUCAGAAGAAUUCAAAUCUAAGGCACGAGUGUUAUGGAUGACUUUAAUGUCGCUUUUAUGUGUGCUUUCGGAGCUUGGACAGCCACAAACAUCAUCCUCUCGUCCCUCUAUCUUGUGUUUAACGGAUGAAAAAAGUAAAACUGGUUUUGAACGACAAGGGUGAGUAAAUGAUGGCGGAAAGGUCCGUUUUUAUUAAAGUUUAUCAGUAUGAUUAAUCAGGUGUUAAUUAUUGUUCAGAGGUCCUGACCGCUACCGAAACAGUGCGUAGACGGCGCUGUCACGUGAUACAUGUUACUUUUUUCUGCGCUGGCUAGAAUGCGACAAUCACAGUCAUUUGUUAUUACUGGAUGCGGAUUUAAAAAAAAAAAAAAAUAGAGACUGCUGAAGCUUAUUUCCAUUCAUAGGUAUGAAUCCUUUAAAAUAUCAGUUUAUAUAUAUA